CCGGGAAGCCGGAGGCAGACGACAGCAGGCGGAGUCAAUCUGGCGAUCUGGCAGAUUCUGUGAUUUUCUGGGGACUUGUACUAUGAAAUCGUCUGUCCAUGAAGAUGGACAACUGAACUAAAAGUUCCGGUCUUCAAGAGUUUCCUGGGGACAUUAAAAGUUUCAGUGACUUGCCCAUGCUCUUACAGUUACUGUGUGUUAGAAACAGGAUUUGAAUCCAGACCUUCCUGACACUGGCCCUCAAUUCCACACCACCUCUCAGCUAACAAUACGUAGACUGCAAAAUGGCAGAAUGUAGAGAGAAGGAUGAGAAAUGUGCACACAAGAAUUUUUCCAGGCUCAGCGGAGCCAGUUGGUGGGGCGGCUGGCCUUAAGGUCGUUGGAGAAUUUUGAAAGUAUCUUGGACUACCUGCUAUCUUGGGAAGUGCUUACUUGGGAGGAUUAUGAGAGUGUGAGCCUCCCUGGGCAGCCUCUGUCCACUCUGGCUCGACGCCUGUUGGAUAUUGUCUGGAAUAAGGGCGGGCAAAGCUGUGAGCUGCUCUUUGCCGCAGUGCGGAAGGCAGAGGGAGCAGAUGAGCAGACAGAACCAGGAAACCAGUGGAGUCAGAACGUGUCCUGUCCAGCCCAGGACCUGCAGAGACAUAGGCCAGUGAUUGUCAGGAAAAUCUACGGCCAUGUGGAAGGCAUUUUGGACCUUUUACUCGAACAUGGUUUCAUCACCAAAUACGAAUGUGAUGAAAUCAGGCUGCCGAUAUUUACGUCAUCUCAGCGGGCAAGAAGGCUCCUUGAUUUUGCAAAAGUAAAAGACAACGGAGUGGCCCAGUUUCUCCUCCAACACAUCCACCAGUUGCCUGUCCUGCCGGCCCCAUUCCCUGAUGAUAUUGCAUAUAAGAAGUACAUGGCCAAGCUGAAGUCCACAGUGUCCUCCCAGUCUCGUUUCCUUAGCACCUAUGAUGGCACCGAGAACCUAUGCCUAGAGGACAUAUACACAGAUAACAUCUUAGAGAUUAGGAAGGACCUUAGUGUCAGUGCAUCCAGCCAGAAGUGCCAUGACAUCGUGGAACUCCCAGACAUCUUCGGUGACAGUGGUUGCAUCAAUGAAGAUGCUGACACGGUGCUUUUGGUGGGAGAAGCUGGCAGUGGGAAGAGCACACUCCUGCAGCAGCUUCACCUCCUCUGGGCCACGGGCCGGCACUUCCAGGAUUUCCUCUUUGUCUUCCCAUUCACUUGCCGGCAGCUGCAGUCUGUGGACAAGCCGGUCUCCAUGCAGACCCUACUGUUUGAGCAGUGUUGCUGGCCGGAUGAGGGCCAACAGGAGGUCUUCCAGUACCUGCUUGAUCAUCCGGACCAGGUCUUGCUCACUUUUGAUGGGUUUGAUGAAUUCAAGUUCAAGUUUACAGACAGAGAGACACACUGUUCCCCAACAGACCCUACAUCUGUGCAGAGCUUGCUCUUCAACCUUCUACGGGGCAAUCUGAUGAAGAAUGCUAAGAAGGUGCUGACGAGCCGGCCCCAUGCUGUCUCCCCUUUCCUCAGGAAGUAUGUGCGGAAGGAACUGAGCCUGAGAGGCUUCUCCCAGGGAGGGAUUGAACUGUUCAUGAGGAAGCAUCACAGUGACCCUGGGGUCGCGGACAGGAUAGUCUGUCUGGUGAAAGCCACCUCAGCCCUGCAUGGUUUGUGCCAUGUUCCUGUCUUCUCCUGGAUUGUGUCCAAGUGUCACAAGGAGCUCCUGCUGCAUGGCUGUAGCUCCCUGAAGACGACCACAGACAUGUAUCUUCUGAUCCUGCAGCAUUUUGUGCUGCACGCCUCCCCUGAGGAUGAGGGGUGGCACCCUGGGACUACUACCCUUCGGCCUCGGCUCCCCACCAUCCUGCACCUGGGCAGACUGGCUCUGUGGGGCCUGGGCACUUGUAGCUAUGUGUUCUCUGCAAAGCAGCUCUGGGCAUCUGGGAUGGAUGAGGAGGACCUUUCCUUGGGCUUCCUGGUACGAUCGAAGAGCUUCUCUCAAGAGAGUUCGGCUCCUAUGGAAUUCCUGCACAUUACUUUUCAGUGCUUCUUUGCUGCUUUCUAUCUACUGCUUGGUGCUGAGGUCACCCCCUCGGUGAUCAGGUGCUUGUUCAAUCAUCACAAGAAGCCCAGUCGAUCCCUGGCUUGGCUGUUUCCUAUGUCCUGUGUCCAGUCCCCUGAGGGAGAGGAGGAGAGUGUUACAGCCCUCCUGCAGAAAGCUGAACCUCACAACAUCCAGAUCACUGCCAUUUUCCUGGCUGGCCUGCUGUCCGACGAGCACUGGGGUCUAUUAGCAGAGUGCCAGGAGCCCUCUACCCCACUUCUCCAGAAACAGAGCCGCGUUAGGUGGUGCCUGGCCCGAGGCCUCAGGAGGCACUUCCAGUCUAUUCCACCAGCUGUGCCUGGUGAGGUCAAGAGUAUGCAUGCCAUGCCCGAGUUUGUCUGGUUGAUCAGGAGCCUCUAUGAGAUGCAGGAUGAGCACCUGGCCCGGGAAGCCGUCUGCAAACUGGAGGUUGAGCACCUGAAGGUGACCUACUGCAACAUUGGUCCCGCAGAAUGUGCUGCCUUGGCUUUUGUGCUGAAGAAUCUCAAGCAACCUGUGGCCUUACAGCUGGAUUACAAUUCAGUGGGAGAUGUCGGCGUGGAACAGCUCUUGCCAUGCCUACGGGUCUGCCAGGCUCUCUACUUGAGAGAUAACAACAUUUCUGACCAGGGGAUCUGCAGGCUGGUUGACCAAGCUCUGCAGUGUGACCAAUUUCAGAAGCUUGCGUUGUUCAAUAACAAGCUGACGGACAACUGUGCUCACUCUUUGGCCAGUCUUCUCAAGUACAAGCAGAACUUUUUGGCAUUGAGGUUGGGGAACAAUCACAUUACUGCAGUAGGAGCCAAGGUGUUGGCAGAAGGCCUGAAAGACAACAAUUCUCUUCAGUUUUUGGGUCUCUGGGGCAAUGCAGUGGGAGAUGAAGGAGCCCAGGCACUUGCAUCUGCCUUGCACGACCACCGCAGCUUGAAGUGGCUCAGCCUGGUGGGGAACAACAUUGGCAGUCUGGGUGCCCAGGCAUUAGCUCUAAUGCUAGAGAAGAAUGUGUCCCUGGAGGAACUCUGCCUUGAAGAGAACCAUCUUCAAGAUGAAGACAUGUGUACUCUGGUGCAUGGACUUAAGAAAAAUUCAAGUUUGAAAGUCCUUAAGCUUUCCAACAACAGCAUUACCCAACAAGGUGUUUCUGCCCUCCUUCAGGUUCUGCAAAGUAAUACUUCUAUCAAAUCAGUUUGGCUCAGAGGGAACACUUUCACUCCAGAGGAAAUCGAGCAGCUCAGCCUCAUGGACGCCAGACUUUUGCUUUGAUCACCGAGAGCCAAUUUGUUUGGGAAGUUUUGAGUUUAGACCUUGUAUACCAGAAAAUUUGGUUUGAUGUAGAAUCAUCACAUUCAGAUUGAACUUUGUUCUUCCCUGUUCCUGUUAGCUCCUGGAUAUUGAGUUAGACACUUUAACACUUUCAGAUUGGAGCAGUAUUUGACACUUGAGGAUCUCUCUCUAAAGUCUAUUUCCAUCAAACCACCCCCAGAUUCCAUCCCUGGAACACAGAGACUGUAAACUGAAAUCUGAAUGACAUAAUGUACUGAAUCCCUCUGGAGGUUGGUUGGCAUCUCUUGGGUGGAUAAAAUAUGGUCUUAUGCUUCACCCGUCUGAGGCAGAGAGGACUCAGUUCUGUUAGCUUUAAUCAAGUGUCAGCUACUGUACAGAAUACUGCCUGUUUAUGGUUAAAAGGGAGGAUUGGGGGAUAGUGAUGAACCUGAAGGAAGGAAAAGUUCAGGAAGAAUGAAUUGCUACCCUGGUAGCUCUUUCUCCUGGGCCUCAGGUGCCAUCCUAGAUCACUGCCCUGAAUCCAUACUCCUGUCAUGAAUUCUAGCCCUGAUACUGCAUCUGUUUGACCUUCCAGUCUAGCAAUCAACCAAUUAACCAACAAGCAUAUGUUAAAUAUACACUGUGUACCGAGUACUGUCCUAGGUGCUGAACAUAGAAAUAAAAACAUGAGUUAGGUCUUGCACUCAAGGAGCUUACAUUCUACAUACUACCCUGUUUUGGUGCUUCUUAAUGUGUUGAAUGGGUCAGGAUAUUUCUUCUCUCAGUUCCUUAAUUAUAUAUAUGUAUACAUAUAUGUAUAUAUAUAUAUAUAUAUACAUAUACAUAUGUGUAUAUACACACACACACACACACACACACACACACACACAUAUUUGUCUCCACUAGGUCAGGGCUAAGAUCUUCUCCUUUUGGUAUUUACAAUACUAUUGUGAAAGGCAGCUUGAUAGUGAAUGCUUAUUCCCCUAUUUGGUUCUAAAACUGCAAGAAAACUAGGAAUUUGGGGGUCAUCCUGUAAUAAAUUGGCUACAAGUUCAGAUAUUAGGGACAAAACUAUGUGAACCUAACUACAUGUCAAAAUUUCUUUUAAAUCAUAUAAAAUGUCCAUAAAUAGGUGGAGUCUUUGGAAACCAAGACUCAUCACAUUACAGCAUUUUAAAGUCAUUUAAGGACUGAAUUUUGAGAGAUGUCAGAUGGUUUUCUAAUUUGAUGCCUUUGGAUUUUUGUAUGUGAAAUGAACUCUGCUGAGAUAUUUUUUGGGUAUGAACUCUGAAGCAGACCUCUGACAGUUGUUUCUCUGAUCUGGGCUUGCUAGUAUUGGAAUAUUUAUGUUUGUUAAGUUGCAUAUGAAAAACUUCCUGGAAGGAUCUGUGAUUUCUUUCAGCAUGGGGAGUUCCUGGUGUGAGAACUCUAUCUAUCAACACAGUCUGUGCCUUAGUCCUGGGAAACUGCCCAAGACACAAAGUGGUAAAAUGACUUAUUCUGAUUCACAGAGCUAGGAAAUGUUAGGGGUGGGAUCUGAACCUAGGACUUCCUGACUUUAAACCCAGUACUCUAUUCACUAUGCCAGGCUGACUGUAUGGAGGGUUUACAGAUCAACCAAUAAACAAAUUAUUUAGCAUCUGCUGUGUUGCAGGCACUAUUCUAGUCAUUGGGGAUUGAUUCAAAGACAAAAAUGAAUCAGCCCUGCUCAAGGAGCUUGUGAUCUAUCAGGUGCAAAGUAAGUCCCUGACCAUUAAAAAAAAAAUACUGCCAUAACUCUUUGUCUUUCUGGAAAUACAAAGCCCAGAGAGAGCAAUGAUUGUGGGGGAGGAUGGGUUGUUAAUAUUUAUAAAGCACUUUGUAUUUUCUUAAAGUUUGUAUUUUUAUAGAAAAUGUGACUUUGUACUUUUAUGUAAAAAUUAAGCUAUAAGUAUACAUAAUAUUAAAGUAUUUUGUCACUAAA